CUAUCAAUUCCUGUGGGGUCCAAGAGCUUAUGCAGAAACCAGCAAGAUGAAAGUCCUGGAGUUUUUGGCCAAGGUGAAUGACACCACCCCCAAUAACUUCCCACUCCUUUAUGAAGAGGCUUUGAGAGAUGAAGAAGAGAGAACCGGAGCCCGGCCCAGAGUUGCAGCCAGGCGUGGCACUACGGCCGUGACUAGUACGUAUUCCAGGGCCACAUCCAGCAGCUCUUCCCACCCCAUGUGAGAUCUAAGGCAAAUUGUUCAUUUUGUGGUUGAAAGACCUGUUGCUUUCUCUGUUCCUGUGAUGCAUGAAUAACUUGUUGAUUUAUCUCUUUGUUGUAUUUUCUAGUGAUGUUUCUUAAAAUAGAAAGUUUAUUUAGAUUCAGAAUAUAAGUUUAGAAAUGGCAUGCAUCACACACUUAUUGCUGUUUAUCAGGUUGGUUUAGUAAUAAGAAUUUUGUUUUAGAAAUACAAAUAGAAAAUCCUGAAAUCAUUUUUGUGAUACAGAGCAAAAUAACAUGGCAUGGGAGUAAGGUUAUCCUUAGAAAUUUAUAAUAACUUCACAGUAAAAUAGGUAGAAUCUGAAGAUAGAAAGAGAAGAAAAGUAAAAGUUGCUUUAUUCAUGGUUUGUCUUACUCCGUUCAGUCUUUUUUUGUUCAUAAAUUUAAAAGUUACAUACCUGGUUUGCUUAGAUUAUUCAAGAAUGUGGAGGCCUGGGCCAAGGUCAAUGACAGUGUCCCCAUUGUCUUCCCUCCAUUAAGAGAAGACUUGGAGAGAUGAGGGAGAGAGAGCCAGAGAUAGUGUUGCAACUGGGUCUGGCAUGUUUCAGUGUGGUGUCCAGCAGUGUCUCCCACUCCUUGUGAAGUCUGAGGUUGCAAAAGGACUGUGAUCAUGAGGAUCAUCCAGAAUUCCAACUCAAAAUUCUCAGAAAACAGGACCUUGAUGUGAGAGGAGCAGGUUCAGGUAAACAAAGGGCCCCACAUCUCCUGCCCUUCUGCCCACACUCCUCCCUGUUUUGCCUGACCACAGCCAUCAUGCCUCGGGGUCAUAAGAGUAAGCUCCGUGCUCGUGAGAAACGCCGCAAGGCACGAGAGGAGACCCAGGGUCUCAAGGUUGCUGAGGCCACUGCAGCAGAGAAAGAGGAGUGCCCCUCCUCCUCUCCUGUUUUGGGGGAUACUCCCGCAAGCUCCCUUGCUGCUGGCAUCCCCCAGAAGCCUCAGGGAGCUUCACCCACCACCACUGCUGCUGCGGCUGUGUCAUGCACCGAAUCUGAUGAAGGUGCCAAAGGCCAAGGUGAGGAAAAUGCAAGUUCCUCCCAGGGCACAACAUCCACUGAGAAGUCAGUCAAAGAUCCUGUAGCCUGGGAAGCAGGAAUGCUGAUGCAUUUCAUGCUACAUAAGUAUAAAAUGAGAGAGCCCAUUAUGAAGGCAGAUAUGCUGAAGUUUGUUGAUGAAAAGUAUAAGGAUCACUUCCCUGAGAUCCUCAAUAGAGCCUCUCACCGCUUGGAGCUGGUCUUUGGCCUUGAUUUGAAGGAAGACAACCCUAGUGGCCACACCUACACCCUCGUCAGCAAGCUAAACCUCACCAAUGAUGGAAACCUGAGCAAUGAUUGGGACUUUCCCAGGAAUGGGCUUCUGAUGCCUCUCCUGGGUGUGAUCUUCUUAAAUGGCAACUCUGCCACCGAGGAAGAGAUCUGGAAAUUCAUGAAUAUGUUGGGAGCCUAUGAUGGAGAGGAGCACUUAAUCUAUGGGGAACCCCGGAAGUUCAUCACCCAAGAUCUGGUGAAGGAAAAAUAUCUGAAGUACAAGCGGGUGCCCAACAGUGAUCCCCCACGCUAUCAAUUCCUGUGGGGUCCAAGAGCCUACACUGAAACCACCAAGAUGAAAGUCCUCGAGUUUCUGGCCAAGGUGAAUGGUACCACUCCCCGUGACUUCCCAUCCCAUUAUGAAGAGGCUUUGAGAGAUGAGGAAGAGAGAGCCCGAGUCCGAUCCAGUGUUAGAGCCAGGCGUCGCACUACUGCCGCAAGUUUUAGAGGGCGUUCUAGAGCCGCAUUCAGCAACUCCUCCCAACCCAUGUGAGAAUUAAGGCAGAUUGUUCACUUUGUUUUUGUGGCAAGAUGCCAACCUUUUAAAGUAGAAGCCAAGAUAGGGCUAGAGAGAUCAUAACAUAUAUCUUCUUUGUGUUCCUGUUAAACAUUAGUAUCUUUCAAGUGUUUUUCUUUUAAUAGAACGUUUAUUUAGAGUUGGGAUCUAUGUCUAUGAGCGACAUGGAUCACACAUUUAUUGGUGCCGCCAGCUUUAAGCAUAAGAGUUUUGAUAUUCUGUAAUACAUUUUUGAAAUCCUUGAAUCUUUUUUGGGUUCAAGAAGAAGAAAGUAUAGUUUUAGAAUAGAGAUUUUCUCAGAAAUGUGUGAAAGAACCUCACACAACAUAAUUGGAGUCUUAAAAUAGAGGAAGAGUAAGCAAAGCAUGUCAAGUUUUUGUUUUCUGCAUUCAUUCACUUUUGUUUUUGUAAAAUCCAAAGAUACAUACCUGGUUGUCUUUAACCUUUUCAAGAAUGCAGAUAAAAUAAAUUGUAAUAAAUUAUAUUCUUU